AUGAAAGUGAUGGAAAUGAUGGAAAUGGAAUUGAUGGAAAUCGAAAAAAUGAUAGAAAUCGAAAAAACUGAUACUACACCUUCAGCUUUGAUGACAGAAUUAAAAAAAAUUUAUGAUGAUUUGCCCAUAAGAGCGCGUGUGUUCUGUGAUACUCUUGCCACCAAUGAAGCAAAAGCAGCUUAUCUUGUAACUGAAGCCACAUCUCUAAAAACUGAAGCUACAUCUACAGGAACUGAUGCUACACCUUCAGCUCUGAUGACAGAAUUAAAAAAAGAUUCACAAGAGCGCGUGUGUUUUGUGAUACUCUUGCCACCAAAUGAAGCAAAAGCAGCUUAUCUUGUGUCAUCGAUUAAAGAUGACAGAAAAAAUAUACCGCAGAAAAGGACCAUCCUGAUUAUCGUCAUUAAUUCAUUAACAAGUGACUCCAAUAAUAAAAAUAAUGAAAUGACUUCAUAUCUGCUGAGUGUGUUUAUUGAACAAGUUAUUGCCAAAAUAAUGGAUUGA